GACGAGUCAUGCUUGCCCGCCGACGCAGUUAUGGGCAGUUGUUUCGGGUCACGACCGCCUCCCUUCCUUUGCCUCCGCCAAUGGGUUCGCUGACCAGCCAAUGCGUGCCCAGUGGCCCCGAAGGGGCUGAGCUGCUCGACCCCGAUGCACCUUCUGGCACGCGUCUGCCGCGCCAGGCUGCGGUGGCGCAGAGGCUGCGUGAGGUGUACGAGGCAAAGUUUGCCUUUCCCUCUUGGAGCUGCGAGCGCUUGGGCGAGGGCAGUCUGGAGGUCUAUGCCCAGAGUGUGACCGUCUACUACCCGCAGGGCGCUCAGCUCGCGGAGGUGAAGCGCUUGGUCCGAGAGCGUGAGCCCGUGAACAUCGGCAUGAAGCGACGCUACGACCAGCAGAAGAUGCAAGAGUACUUCGGUUAUGCUACUGGCGCUUACGGGCGGCUGAGCUCCAGCGAGCGGCUGGGCCCCAACCUCGCCGUCUACUGCCGAACGCCCAUGCGGGCGCCCGACGGCCGCGAGCGGGACGUCCACGUGAUCAAUGUCAUAGGCUUUGCCUUCGACAAGACUCAGCAGCCAGACUAUCAGUACUUCCUGAACCACGAUGACGAGGAUGGACGGAGAGCAGAGCUUGUCAAGAAGAUGAGCCAAAUGUGGGAAUAUAUCUAUUUCUGCGCACAUGAGAAGAAGCUGAAGUGCGUGCGGCUUUCGCAAGUGGGGGGCGGAGCCUUUUCGUUGCUGCUGGGGGGAAACUUCGACUACCAAGCCCUGAGGAAAGAAUCGCUGGAGCCGGUGAUGGCGCGGUAUCCCGAGAUCGAGACGAAGGAGUUGCAGUUCAUCCCUGAUUGGGAAGCGUGGAUGAAGAAAGAAGGUUUUGCAGUUCAGUCAGCCCUGAAAAGAAGCCAACCUCGGGCUGGUUCCGAGGUCAGUUCGCCCGAAGACGCCGCUGGCUCCCGCCCAGUCUUUUCUUUGCGGAUGAUUUGGUCAUGUCUUUUGGGGCCCAUGCCAUCUUCGUCCGUCCGUCUUGGUCCAAAGGAGCCGGGCUGCUCGAGUCUGCCCAGGUCUUCACGCCGGAGGGCGAGCGGUGCUGCUCGAGCAGCUUGUUGGUGAAUGCAUGGGAUCCCUGGAGCUUUGUGGGCAACGGCAACGCGGGCGACAACAGCCUCGAUGGUUACUUCGGGCGCUGUACCGCCAUGGCUGUGCUAUGCUGGCCCGACACCAACCCCUGCUUGCAAUUGGAGGACCGGUAUCGACUGGUGCCUCCCUAGUCGAAACCUCCAUUGCCGGAGGUCCUCAAGGCCGCACCGGAAGAACUGCGAAGAUCUCAUGGAAUGAAUGAAUCAUGUCGAAGCAAACUCUUGGAACGAACUCAUGGAAUGAAUCUCACAUGGUCUCACCAAAGCAUCAGCCCGUCCAAGAAGUGCAGCAUCCAGGUUUUUGAUGCCCAGGUCGCUGUUUCCCUUUUUUUGUGUGUGUUGGCCUUCUGGAGCAACCUUGGCCUUCUGGUUAAGUUCCAUUUUUACCUGGCAAACACCCUGGAAACUGGGGUGUGACCUAGAUGAAAGUGAUAGAUGAGAGUUGAAGUCACCCUUCUAAAUGCAGGGGUCGUUUAGGGCUUUGACGGAUGGACGGUUUGCAGCCAGUGUGGAAGAAACCAAAGCCAUUUGAUUGAGAGCGCACGCUCGUAGCGGAAUUGUUUGGCCCAUCCGAUGCGAAAGAAGGGCAUGUGUGUUCAACGCGAGCAAAGGAUUCGCGUCGGUACCUGCCGACACAAGGC